GGUCCCUGACGGAUUUGGGCCAUGAAGCGGGGGGCAGCGGGCGGCAAGCAGCGAUGGUGGCGGCAGAGGCGGCAGCAACGGGUGGGCAGCGCAUGGUGCGCAUGUGGGAGCGCUUGAAACGCAUCAUGCCACCACCCAGAGGUUCCGACCUUGAG